AUGCUGCUUAUGGUCAGGCGCCUGCUCGACCCCGUCAUCAAAUCCUCUCCAAGCCAUCACCGCUGCCUCGUCACUGGGAAACCCUUCUUCAAAUCGAGAAGAUCUCCAGCUGCAGCCAUCAAGCAAGCUUCUUCCUCCUCCCCGCGCGAUGGCUUGGGGAUCUACUGCAGAAUGCACCGCCAGUUUUCAGUCAAAAAGCUCGACAGCUACGCCUUACUGUUCGCACUGAAAUCAGCGGUCACUAUGAAAGACCCACUCAUCGUUUGCCACUUCCACGCCCAUGUCGUCAGGGGUAUGCGAGGUUCGGGGACGUCGAUAAGGUGCUGGACAUGUUUGAAGAGAUGUCGGAGAGGAAUGUUGAGUCUUGGUCUGCUAUGA